CCUAAAACUGCUAAUGGAAUGGCCAUGCUGAAAUGCCCGAAAAUUUCGUCUUGGUCACAUUUUUUAGUGAAUUGACACGGAGUAGAAAGAAUUCACACGGGGAUGAAGAUGGUGGCCAGUGAGUCGACCUUCAAUUUCCCAAUAUGCCACCGAUCACCAAGCUCCCUGGAGCCUCAACUCGCUCCUUGCCUCCAUCACUCUAGCGACAGCUCACAGCUACACUACUACAAUACCGUAGGUAGCCUGUGGGAGUGAAAGAACCAACAUAAUUCCCGAUCCACCAUAUCUCCGCAUAGGCAUCCAAGGUUCCAGAUUCCGCGAUGCCAGGUCCGUACCGAAAGCACUUCAUCCCCCUUGAAUCCGACCCGGAAGUGUUCACCCGUCUCCUGCAUAAGCUGGGCAUCUCACCGGACCUCCGAUUCCAGGAAAUCUAUGCGAUCGACGAACCUGAUCAGCUACCACACCCAGCCUUAGCGCUUGUCUUCAUUUUCCCUGCGCCAGCGGCCUACGAGGUUCAAAAAGCAAAGGAGGAUUCUGGAUCGAGCGAAUAUGCCGGAGGUGAUGACCAGGAUGUAAUGUGGUUCAAGCAAACAAUCCAUAACGCGUGUGGAUUCUACGCUCUGCUCCAUUCCGUCUGCAACGGACCUGCUAAGGCAUAUAUCCAGCCAGGAACCCUUUUAGGAAGGCUCAUGGAUACUUGCCGAUCGUUGGGGACGGAAGACCGCAUCCGUGUGCUGGAAGAUUCUAAAGAGCUUGAGACUAUCUAUGCAGAGGCUGCUAGAGAAGGGGGCACUCCAGUGCCGGGUGCUGAAGAAGAGGUGGACUCCCAUUACAUCUGCUUUGUCAAGUCCACCGGAAAUUCUCAUCUAUAUGAGCUCGAUGGGGACCGAAAGGGUCCAGUCGACAAAGGCUUCGUGGAAGCGGAUGAUGUGUUGGCCGAAGAAAGCCUAAAUGUUGUCAAACAGUAUAUGCAGGAUGCUGGUCUUGGUCACGGUCUCAUGGCCCUGGUAAGCGACAGCGCAAGGUGAUUAGCAGAAGAGAUUCUCGUGAGUCAUCUGUCGUCCGGUAGGUGCGGCC